CCCUAGCCGGCUGCUCCCGAAGCGGGUGGCUCCGGGUGUUGCUGUGGUUGCCUGAGUUGCUGCGGCGUCUGUGGCGCUGGUGGAGGUGUCGGCCCCUGGGCGGAUGUUGACAUUGUGUUGUUGUUAUUGCCGAUGGUAAUGGCGGCGGCGGCGGCGGCGGCAAGCCGGGUCCCCGCUCCUCAGUAGCCCGAGCCGAAGGAGCCGGGGCAGCCGAGCCAGCCGGGGGCGAACUCCGCGGCCUCGGAGCCGCCGCUGCUCGCCGAGCCGGUGCCCGGCGCCAGCCCUUGGAGUCAGGCCCGGGCCGGGGGCUGCGGGCGCAGGAUGGCGGAUUUCGACGAAAUCUACGAGGAGGAGGAGGACGAGGAACGGGCCCUGGAGGAACAGCUGCUCAAGUACUCGCCGGACCCGGUGGUGGUCCGCGGCUCGGGUCACGUCACCGUGUUUGGACUGAGCAACAAAUUUGAAUCAGAAUUUCCUUCUUCAUUAACUGGAAAAGUAGCUCCAGAAGAAUUUAAAGCCAGCAUCAACAGAGUUAAUAGUUGUCUUAAGAAGAACCUUCCUGUUAAUGUUCGUUGGCUACUUUGUGGCUGCCUUUGUUGCUGCUGCACUUUAGGUUGCAGUAUGUGGCCAGUUAUUUGCCUCAGUAAAAGAACACGAAGAUCGAUUGAGAAGUUAUUAGAAUGGGAAAACAAUAGGUUAUACCACAAGCUGUGCUUGCACUGGAGACUGAGCAAAAGGAAAUGUGAAACGAAUAACAUGAUGGAAUAUGUCAUCCUCAUAGAAUUUUUACCAAAGACACCGAUUUUUCGACCAGAUUAGCAUUUCCUUUAUUUAUAGAGACUUUCCAAGUAUGUUGUCUUUCCAAUGGUGCCUUGCUUGGUGCUCUCCUGGUGGUGACAUAACAUUGGUUCUACAGAAUCAUGUGGUGUUUUCGUUUUUUAAAUAAGUGCAUGUUCUAUGUGUGCAUAUUUGUCAAACUUUGCAAGUUAUUUCAUACAGAUGUUUAAUACUUAAGUUAUUGUGCUCUUUUCUGUUAUGUAUUCUGAUAUUCAAGAAUUACUUUUUUUGUAUUCUCAAAAAAAUACAUUUGAACUUAGCAUAAAAAGUGGCCAGCCUUUUUUAUUUUAUCACCAAGGUACAUACAGCCCUUUAUUUAUAAAUUCCUUAAUAUAGAAGAACACCUUCAUACAGCUCUACUUACCUAUCUUAACAAACAUAUUCUUCGUAUUAUUUUUCUUCUCUUUAAUAAUUAUUUUAAAAUAAUUUUUCUUUAAUAGCCUUUGGAACCCAACAUGCCCCUUCUCAUACAAUUCCUAAUGCUUCGUUUACAGCAGAUACAUCUAUUAACAUAAAGAUCUAUCAAAAAUUUAAAAAAUAUUUCUGCCUUUGAAGGUAGUAAGGCAGGAUUAUUUUUUUAGACUAGAUACAUCAGUGAAUGGUAUGCAUGCAUCUAAUGGUUACUAGAUCUCAGGAUCACAAAAUAUAGUAGCAUUACAAUCUGUAUAUUUUUUAUCAAGGUGAUAUUAAUAAUGGCCUUACUUGGGUUAUUUUUAUUGUUCAUCACAUCUCACAUACAGAAGUAUAGAAGUAACUUCUUUUAAAAAUUUCUGAGAAAAAUAUCUCUCCCAAUCUAACACAGUUGUAGAUGAAAGUUUCUAAAAGAUUUUGAAAAGAAAGAAAAAUUCUAGCAUUAAAAGUAAGCUGGGGGCCCGGGAGAUG